AUUUAAAAUUUGAUAUUGAGAGAGUUCGAAUUGAAUGAGGAAAACUAGUCUUUGAAUAGUAAUGGUAUUAUUGUCCAAGGAUACAUUAGUAGGCGAAAUUAUGGUGGUUGUAUAUUAAAAUAUUUCACAUUAUGCAUAGAACAUGACAUUUCCCAUUUCAUGUCGUAACUGAUUUUAAUGGAGUUGUAGGUGAAAUAGUCAUUCCUCCAGUCCCAACCUCACAACAGUUCCAGAUUUUAAAGUUCUUGCGUCACUCUUCAACUGUGUUUCAGUAUUUCCAUGGUUUUGUUUAUUGUGAUGAAAAUUUAAGUGAUAUAUUCUUCUUAGCUUUACUAUCGACUAUACCAUGAAGAGGCCGAUUCCGUGGAGUGACCAGGUUGAUAUUGAUGUUGAUGUUAUAUCAUCAGAUGAGUCUUCUCCUUCAGACUCAGAUGUAAAAGUCAAUAACUUUCAAGCUCCAACUCUCCAAGAAAUAGCACCUGAAGCAGAAGAUUCAAUGAUCAAAAGGGCUGAGAUGUAUCAGGAAUACAUGAAGCAAAUCCCAAUUCCAACUAGCCGAGGCUCUGUUAUUCCAUUUAUCACAUGGAUGGGAUUGGGAAAAUCCAUCAAGCAGUUAUAUAGACAGCCUCUACAUUACCUCACUAAUGUUCAACUAAAGCAAUGGGAUCGAUUGAGGAUUGACAGUGCGGAUGAAGACAAGCCCUUAGAUACCAUAAUUCAUCCUUGCAAAGCUGAAGCCACUGUCUGGCUCCUUGAGGAAGUUCACCGGCGAACAGUGUCUCAUUAUCAUGUAGCUAAGCUCUGGCAAUCAGAUCCAUUGCACCAUGCAUUUGUUGAUUCUAUUUUCCCUCAAUUGUGAAAAGUAUCAUGUUUUUAGUUGUAACUGGCUGAUGUUCAAAUUUCGUCCUCGGUUUACAGAUUUUGGUCUUAAACUAUUUGAUAAAGUUUGGGAUGAAAUAAAAGCCAGUUUUGUUCUUUUCUA